AUGGACAACCUGACAUUAACAAACAGCCUUCUGUUGGUGGAGGGACUGAAAGUUGCACCUCAGUCAUCUUAUCCUGUUUAUAUCCUGCUUCUGUUAGUUUAUAUCUUUGUAAUGGGAUGUAACAUUAUACUUAUAAUUCUCAUCUCAACACAGAAGAAUCUGCAUCAUCCUAUGCAUUUUCUGUUUUGUAAUCUACCACUGAAUGAUAUACUCGGUACCACCGUCAUGUUGCCACGCUUGUUACAGGAUAUUUUAACAGAAGCCUCUGUGCGAUAUAUUACAUAUGUGGAGUGUGUUGUUCAAGCUUAUUUUGUGCAUAUAUUUGCAGCAGCAAGCCACUAUGUGUUGAUGUUAGGCCUCACAAUACGUCUUUCUCGCUGCAGAUAUAAAAUUGAAAAUCCUUUCUGUGACAAUGCCUCACUGUUUAAACUGUCCUGUGAAAAUGUAUCUGUUAAUAAUGUGUUUGGACUUAUUUAUAGUGUAUUUAUUUUUACUUUAUCACUUGGGUCUGUAUUUAUAACUUAUAUCAAGAUUGCUAUUGUGUGCAUUAGCAGUAAAAACAAAGCGCUCAACAGCAAAGCCAUAAAAACCUGCAGCACUCACAUAGCUGUUUAUUUAAUCAUGUUUGUUUCUUGCGCCACCAUGAUUUUUCUCCAUCGUGUUCCUGAAUAUUCUGACAGCAGGAAACUAGCUAGUAUAAUGUUUCACAUUGUACCACCAGGAUUAAAUCCUUUAGUGUAUGGCUUACAAACCAAAGAGAUAAGAGAAAAAAUUGUUAAACUUGUUUGGCGUAAGCCAUCAUAUCUACAUGACAGCACUCAUCCUGAUUGGGCCCCCUCAUUGAAGCUGGCAGGAGAGACAGGUCAGACAGGAAAGGCUGAGAGAGCAACAAGAAAAGGAUGUGUAAUGGGCAGGUACAACAGGGUGCAGCAGCGAAGAAGACAGGCAUCAAGUUUAGGGAGAGUGGCACAGGAGCAAGACAGCCCAGGGAUGAGCACAACAGAGGCUUACAAUGAGGUUAAUGAUGCUUUUGAGACAGUUGAGGAAGAUAUGUGCACAUCUGAAGUGUGCUCCAAAAUACACGCAGAUGACCAGAGACUGCUUACUGAAAAUAUUUCUCUGAAAUCUCAGCUAGCCACAGAAAAGAUAAGCAUGGACACAUUCAGGGAUGAUGAGAAAAAAAUGAUGUCUAAUGGGAAAGGUUUUUCUCUGCGUUCAGAGGGAUCCACUUCAGUCACAUUAGCUGUGUCAGUCGGCAUUGCUGAUGGACAUGGCCUUGAGAAAAGUUUGCCCAUAAACUCUGGGAGAACGGCUUUGAAAAAAAGACUUGAUAACUUCCCAGAGUCCAAUAUCUGGUUCUAUCCUCUCUAUGUCACUGAGCAAGAGCAAUUCGCAACCACACGACCUGCUGAAAAUGACCACGAGCCUGCGUUAACUAAAGGAGAUUCAUAG